CUCCUUUCAUCUCUAAACCUGCAAAAGAGAAUGACUGCAGAAAGGUUCAUGUACCCAUUCUUUAUGUCCUGGUAGCCAUAUCCUUUGCCAUGUGGAUUACUCUCUUCUUAUUGGUCCUGGAGAAAAACUCAGCAAUUUCAGAGGCGCUACAGAAGUUAAACCUAAACUACUCAGAGGAGUUCAUGAAAAACUCACAAAUUUUAGAGGAACUACAGAACAAAAACCUAAACUACUCACAGAAGUUCAUGAAUGAGAUAAAAGUCCUGGAUUAUGUUAAAACAACACUGAUGGUAGCUGAAAGAUAUACAAGCAACAAGUUCACUGAAACUGAGGACAUUUUAGAAUUCUUCUGCAGCAAAGGAAGUGUCCAACUUCAUUCAUGCCCCCACAGCUGGAAGAGUCAAGGGAGAUACUGUUAUUACUUUUCAACUGAAAAGACAACCUGGAAUAAAGCUUUGUGGAAUUGCAUUAAUUAUAAGGCUCAUCUGGCCAGCAUUUUCUCUGAUGAAGAACAGGUGUUUCUGAAAAAUAACCUCAAUAACAUUGACAAUUACUGGUUGGGUAUCAAUGACUUAGAAGGACAGUGGAAGUGGAAAGAAGGUGGUAUGCUGCUAACAACAGCUUUUUGGAAUCCCGGACAGCCAAGCAAGGACAUCAACAAGGACUGUGGGAUCAUGCACCCCAAUGGGACGUGGGCAUCUGCUGUGUGUUCCCUUCACAAUCAGUGGAUCUGCAAAAGGAAAUUGAUCUGCUGAAACAAUUCUUUGAGCUGUGUGCUCCUGAUACACGACUGUAUAUAAUCUUUUUUUUGCUUGAACAUCUUCCUUUCAUAUCUUGUUAUAUACUGCAGAUGCUUAGUAGCUAGACAGAAGAUAGCAUCUUUUUAUCAUUCAUAUGUGACACACAAUUCCAUAAUUGCCCAUAUCGAAAACUUAUAGAUAAUUGUAUGAUGAAACAGUUCCUUCUCUGCAGUUGGUCCACUUUUCUCAGAGGUCUCACAAUCAUCCAUAUCAAACAUGGGGGAGGGAGGGGAUACACCCCCCUCAAAUGCCUGCAUAAAUAACAAAAAUCAGACAUGUUAAAUCCAUGUAUAUAAUACAGUAUGUACAUUGGCCCAUAGAAAUAUUGUCAAUUCCUGAAUUGGUGGCCAGAAGCAGAAACAGUUGGUGGCCUAUACUCACGAUGGGGCAAUCUGGCAGUGAGCAUAUGCCCAGUGUUUUUAAAAUGGUGUAGCCACAAUCCUAGUCAUUCAUGAAUGUCUCAUGGUAAUUGUCAAGGCAAUGAACACAUUAUUUUCAGGAAAAUUCUCUGCAACAAAACACUCAUAGUUAAUGCUAAGAAAUUAUGAUUCCUUGCAUAAAUCCCAGAAGAAAACCUUUUAGAACGUGAAAUGGUCAUGCUGCCCAAAAUGCCACUCAUUGCAGCUUGUUCUUCAGCCUUGAGUUUCAGAUGUGUGUGAAAUAUUGAAGAUUUUAAGAAUUGCAGUGGAUUUUUUUUCUUCCUUGGAUGUAAGAAGAUUUUUAACCUCUAGGGCUAUGCAGAUUUUCCAUUCUUAAGAGUUACCCUACAAUGAUUGCAUUGCCCAUAUCCAUCUACAUAUCCCACUUCUCCCACCUCACUCACACAAGCACACAUUAAACUGCUUCCCAGGCUGAAUUGCUAGGUGGUAGGGAAAGUGAAGUGGGGAGUGUAAGAUGCAACUUUUGGAGGUGUGUGUCCAAGUAGUUUAAAUUCCAAUAUAAUGUUUGUACCUUAAAUGUGUUCUUAAGACAAGAGAUACUAUGGAACAUUGAUUGCCAGCUUAGAUGCACUGCAAAUCUGUGGACUUCAGCUUCCACAAUUCUCAGCAGUGGUCUUGCAGGCUGGGGAAUUCUAGAAACUACACACUGCUGGGCAAGGAUGCUGUAGGGAGAGAUGUAAAAGAAAGGAGGUGGUACUGUACUAAGCCUUUUACUCUAUGCUGGUCAUCUCAAAUGCCAGUAAUGAUCAGUCUAUAGCUCUUUACAAUAAUCUGUAACAUAAUUCAGAUACUAUCCAUUUUGCCUCUGCAUAGAUAGCAACUCAGUGGUAAGAUACACUGCUGCUGGUUUUGAGAAAGAAAAGCAAAAUUAUUUUUGAAAACUUCAUUGUAUACAUGUUUUCAUAAUUCUGCAUAGUAAAUAUACAGGUUACUUGAUUUUCUUAUGGUCAGGCUUUGCUGUCCUUAUUAUACUUAUUUCCUAUGCAUAUCCUGAAAUUAUUUCUUUUUAAAUAGUUUAAUAGAGUAGUUCAUUCUUUGAUAUUCUUUAGUAGCAUUUUAAAAAAAUAUUAAUCAUUUAGCUUUUACUUCAUAUUCAAUAAAAAUGAUUGUUCUACUAAUCGUGAGUUGCUUUAAAGAUUAUUAACUUUAUGUAACAAAGGUACAUGCCCAGUCAACCCAAAACAAUGUAUUCUCAUCCAUAUUUACUCAGAACUAAAUCUCAGUUCAGUGGGGC